AUGGCCAAGCCCACAACGGCCUCCAGCGUGUCCAACGUCUCGAACAACAACAGCGCGGAGGCGGCCAACAACAACAGCCAGCAGAAUGGGGCCUAUCAGGCACUGCCCGAGAGCCCGGUACCGGCCCCGGCCAACACUCCCCUGAACCGUGCCAUCAAGCACGACCUGUUCCCGGAGGUGACGUUCUGCAACCUGUCGGCGGAGGAGCUGGCCGAUGGGGCCGGGCACAGCCGCGUGGUACGGACCAGCAUCAUAGCGAUCGACGGCGAGGGGAACCUCACCUGCCUGAUGAACAGUAGCCAGGUUAAGAAGCGCAAGCGGCUGAUAUCGAACGAGUCGGGCGACUCGAUAGACUCCGGCUCGACGGAGAAGAAGGCGCCGAAGAUGCCCGACGGCGGCUACGGCUGGGUGGUGGUGUUCGCCUCCCUGGUGGUCUCCCUCAUAGCGGAUGGACUGUCCUUCUCCUUUGGCCUGAUCAACGCGGAACUGCUCGAGUACUUCGGGCAGUCCACCUCGAAGACGGCCUGGAUCUCGUCGCUGUUUUUCUCCGUUCCGCUGCUGAUGGGUCCUAUCUGGUCGAAUCUGGUGGACAAGUACGGGUGCCGCAAGAUGACCAUCAUUGGGGGGCUGGUGUCCGCCGUGGGGUUCGCCAUGUCCUCCUUCUGCAACUCCAUCGAGAUGCUGAUGGUGACGUUUGGGAUUAUUUCGGGCCUGGGACUGGGCAUCGGCUACGUCACCGCCGUGGUGUCCAUUGCCUUCUGGUUCGACAAGAAGCGGACCUUUGCCACCGGCAUCGGAGCCUCGGGCACGGGCAUUGGCACCUUUGUGUACGCCCGCCUCACCUCGUACCUCAUCGAGUCGUACGGGUGGCGCGGAGCCACCCUCAUCCUGGGGGGCACCAUGCUGAACGCCUGUGUCUGCGGCGCCCUGAUGCGGGACCCCGACUGGCUGAUCGAGGAGAACCGCCUGGAGAGCCGCUCGCAAAGCGUGACCACCUUCUCCAACUCGAGCGUGUGCCUGGAGGAGAUCAAGAAGCUGCUGGACACGGGUAUCAUCAAGGAGGCCGUCCUGGACAGCCUUGUGACGAAGAACAACACGGAGGCCAACCAGCAAAUCGACGAUCCCCUGGACACGGGCCUCAAACGCUAUCGCAGCGAAAUCUUUCUGCCGACUUUUCUGAGCAUCCAGAAGCUGGACAGCAUUUGUGAGGUGAAGAGUCUGAGUCGGCGUUCCCUCAGGCACAAGGAGGGGGUGGAAGCUCCGUCGCGGGAGAACCUGCUGUCCAUGUCGUCGGGAGCGGGGGGAUAUCCUCCGUCGACGGCCAUCAAUGGCUCUCCGGACGAUACACUCAUGGGCGGAAUAGCGCCGGAGGCCAUGGAAGCGGCCAAGAAGAGCUAUCUGGCCUCCAUCGAGACCCUGUCGCCGUCGGAGAAGCGCUCGAGCCCCGUCGGGUCGAUACGAUCCUCGGACAAGGGCUACCUCACCCAGAAGCACGCCAGCUCCCGGUACUCGCUCAACGAAAAUCUCUUCAUGGCCAAGCACACGACGCCGUCGAUCUCCAACCUGAAGGUGAAUGGUCUGCGCCACAACUCGGUGGACAUCCUCAGCGAGGAUAUGCACUGCUACUACAAGGACGAGACAUUCGCCCUUCUGGAUCACGGCCGCCGCCCCGGCCCCACUGUGAUAGCCAUGCCGGAUCGCGAACAGCCAACGGCCAACAGUGAGGUGGCUCUGCGCCGCGCUCGCCUCGACAGCAUCACGGGCAUCCGCCGGCUGUCCAGGUCGAAGAAGCCCAGCCAGCACCGCUCGAAUCUGCGCCGAAACAUUUCGAUACGCAACUCCAACUUCCUCAAGGACAUGCGGAUCCACCGCAACUCCAUACACUACCGCGGCGCCAUGCUCAACACGCACCGGUACCGGCUGCGGGCCUCCUCCUGCCCCAACAUCUACCGCAACUCGAUGACCACCAUCGCCAAGGAAGAAGAAGAUACCUGGUACGAAAGCUUUGUGGACACGAUGAAGUCCAUUUUUGAUUUCUCAAUGUUUCUCGACCUGAAGUUCGCCCUGUUCAACCUCUCGACACUGUUUCUGUUCAUUUGGUUCAUUAUACCCUAUCUGUAUCUACCGGACUACAUGAAGCAAUAUAACUACGAGGUGAAUGUAAGUGCCGUUCUGAUAUCGGCAGUUGGCAUCGCCCAAACGGUGGGCAUGAUAGGACUGGGCUAUGUGGGCGACCAGCCCUGGAUGAACAUCAACAUAUGCUACUCCCUCUGCAUGCUGGUGUGCGGAGCCUCUGUGUUCUGCAUGCCCAUGCUAAUGACCAGCUACAAUGGACUGAUGGCAAUGUGCGUAAUCUUCGGCUUUACGUUCGCCAGCUCCUUUUCGUUUACGCCCAGUAUACUGGUCAGUAUUGUGGAUUUGGACGAUUUCACGUGUGCCUACGGUCUGGUGCUGUUGGUGCAGGGUGUGGGCAUGAUCGUAGGCCCCCCAAUAGCGGGUCUCAUAUACGAGUCCGUGGGAAGGUGGGACGACUCCUUCUACUAUGCGGGCAUAUUUAUAGCACUCUCCGGAGUCUGCUCGUAUAUGAUCGAGUUCUGCGAGUAGAAAGCACCUAAGGAGUGUGAUUGUGAUGUCUCAGAGACUAAAAAAGCUCAACUUUUGCACUAGAUUAAUAAAUAGACAUGAACCGAAGGCGGACUGGACCUGGAACUGAACCUAGACCUGGGCCUGGACCUGGACUGCUGAGAAGGUACUUCAAAUCUGAUAAAAUGGUCUUGCAGCCAUAAAAUCCGAGCAGAAUUGUAACUGAAACUAAUCCUAUUCGAUAAGAUUGUCUAGCAUGUAAGCCAAAUAAUUGACUUGAGAAAUAGUUAUAGCUAUACACCAUACCAUACAUUGCGUACAUACUAUAUAGAUAUAUAUACCUUAUAUAUACAUAAAUCUUUAGCCGCACUAGGGCAACUACUAAUCAGCAAGUUUUAAUCCACAUCUAGACAAAAUGUUCAAUUUUCAAUCAAUAUCAAUGCAAUAUCAAUGCACUGCCAGGUGCAAACGGGUUCCCCUCAAUUGUCUUCUUUAUAAAGGUAAAACUGAAAAAUAUACCUACAUAUUGCCUAGAUUUAAUGGCCUUAACUUUCGUACGAACGCUGUAAAGGAACACUCAAUAAACAACAACCAAU